AUGCAUGAUCUCACUGAACAAUUACGAAAAGCUCGAAUAGAUGAUGAUUUUAUUGAAACUGAUCUUCAUGUGCGGACAGACAUGUUAGAACAACUUAAACAUAAUAUUAAUAAUUCUUCAUCCUCGAUGAUUCUUAGUGGAGAUCCAACAAAAUUACUUGUGGCUAAAAUAUUUGUUUCUUCAAUUGUGUCACAACAUUUAGAAAAAGAUGAAAGAUUUGGAAAAUCCUUUGGUAAUGUAUGCAUUGCAGAGAAUGGCCAUUUGGCUUAUCAUGAACUUGAUACAGAUGAUGCAUUUGUGUGCGGAAUUCAGGAAUAUGUAUCGGGCAAAUAUAAAAUUCGAUUUGUUAUGAAUAAGGAAAAUUCAAGAUAUUUUAUGACGUUUAAUAUUAUUUCCAAAUCUGUGCCGGUACUCAAAAAAGAAUUCCAAGUAAAAGAAUCAAUUUAG